UAUUUUAUUACUUCUAGGACAUUAGUGGACCCAAUGUUUAUGACAGCUGGCUUUCAUAACAUUAACAUUUUACAGUUGGCACAAUUUAAGAUAGCAAUAAAUAAUACAUAUUAGGUGCUUUAUUAUAAAUUGUACCUUAUAAUCAAAUACCUCUGAUAGUAGAUGCAUUAUUUGGAGAAACUUUAUUGGGCAUAACAGCACAGGUCAGGACUAGCCAAUACAAGCUCCUUUAAAUUGUGCACCUUCCAAACAUAGGUGUGCCUCAUCUUACUUCAUAAUAAUAUUACAACAUAAAAGUACUGUGAAAGAAGCCUUAGCAACAGUUUCUACUUUUGCCAUUUGGAAGUGGCAGCUGCAGGGCCUGGGACCAGCCCUCACUGCGGAGCCCGCGCCCUCCCACGGCAACCGCGGUGGUCCGAAGGGUUGAUUCAGGGUUCCCUGGGGAAAGCAGUAACCAGAAGUGAGAACACUCCAGACCUUAUUUGGGAAAGGAGUGGUGCUUACUGACUGGCUAGGUCAACAGGCAGGGUUGUUUUGUUUUUUUUUUUUAACACCACGGGCUUUUCAGUUUCUUAGAAGUGAUGAAGAGAAAUGUAGACGAAUGAAGAAUAACGUGAAAACCACAAAACAGUCCAGCUUAUGUGUCUCAAGCAUCAGAACACAGUUUGACACUCAGGUUCCUUAGUUUUGGUCACUGCUUUUGAAUAUUUUGAAUACUUUAUUAUUAUUGUUACUGAUCCUUUUGGUAGAGUAACACUAAAAAGAAAAAGAAAAAAACCCAACCUCCCAGUCUUCCUAGUACUACAAAUGCAGUUACAAAAUGCACUGGGUUUUUUUGGUUGCUGAUAGCAUCUGGUCACCAGGAGCAUAACAUGGUAGCUAAUACAAAAAUCAUAUGUAACCACAGUGUGUUGUUCAUGCACUGCUAUGUCUUCCAGCUUGUAGAAAUUACAACUGGUCUACUAACCAAAUGCAGCAUUUUAUUAAAAUCAGGUGAUGGUCUUCCGCAUUAACGUUUUCAGACCCCUACAAAACUGUCCAGCAGAGGUGUGAGUGCUGUACAGUUGAAUAUAGUUCUUACAAAAGGCUGCCUUUUCUUGGUUACUCUAUGCAGGCUUUUUCUUCAGUGAUGUUGGGGGCCUCCGUGUAUUAAAACUGCUACAACUUCUGUACUGUCAUGGGCAUGUUGACCUCUGCUUUUUAAAUCACUGGGAUUGAUGCAGUGUGACUUCCUUAUAUUGCUGCCAAACGUUCUGUGUCACACCUAACACAUGAUGUUUCUGUCUCCCUUUUGGGAUGUUGCGUGCCUUAGUCCCUGCCUUUUUUCCAAGGUGUGGGCUCCUCCCCAUAAGCCUAGAAAAGACUUAAAAGCAGGCAGCUGUGCCACCUGGGUGGCACAUCCCUCCUUUCCUGCAAGGCUGGCUUUGCUCCUGUAUCUGCUGAUAGGUACAAAUUCUGAUUCCUGCUUCGUGCUGUGUGGUGCUGAGAAGUGGAUCCACCCCUGGGCUGUCAUAUCCUGGCACUGGUGGUCUUCCCAACUAUUCAGGAAUGGAGAAGCUGGUUGCUUGUCCAUAUAAAAGGCCAAAUGCUCUCUGUAGGCUGAUUUGCUUUCCAUGGGCUGGUGGUGGAACUUCUCAGCUUGCUCAAUGGGGAAAACUCUUUAGCAGCUCGAUUGAAGUGUCCUCUUUAAGGCUUCCUGGAAGAGAAUGUCGUUUUAAGGAGCCUUUUGCAAAAGACAUGGCAACCGUAGUUAAUGAAAUUACAAGUGUUUUGUUAAAAGAAUUGCAAGAAAAACCAUUUGCAUUUUUUGGCCACAGUUUUGGAUCUUAUAUUAGUUUUGCAGUUGCGCUACACUUGAAAGAAAAGUAUGGACUAGAGCCGAUCCAUCUUUUUGUAUCAGGGGCACAUGCCCCAAAUUCUGAAGCAUUUCUUCCCAUCAAAAGCAUACCCAUAUGUGAUAUAGAAGAUGAAGACAUUCUUACAUAUGUAAAAAUUUUAGGAGGAACUCCUUCUGAGCUUCUGCAAUUUGAAGAAAUUAAUAAACAUAUGAUACUUACUUUCAGAGAAGACAUUAGAGUUCUUCAGACAUUUUCUUUUGAGAAGGCAGAAGGGAAUAUCCCCUUCUCUUGUGAUAUUACCUGCUUUAAUGGGUCUGAAGAUAAACCACAUGAUAUAGAAGCCUGGCACGACCUAACAAGUGGAGAUACUUCCUUUUACAACCUUCCUGGAGGUCACUUUUAUCUUCUGGAACCCUCUAACGAAAUUUUCUUGACAAAACACAUAACAAGAUGUAUAGAAAAUGCUGGUCUAUGAGUAUUUCCCUCUACUUUAAUGGCAGAAGGUGAAAGAUUAGUCCACAGCACUUCAUAAUAAGUCAUUAUUUCUACACAUUUGCAUGCAGUUAUACCUGAGACUUGUUCUGUUCAUCCAGAUCUUUAUUGUAGUCCUUUAAAAGGGGGAGUUUUUCUGAGUUUUUGAAAAUAAACAUUGGCAUUGGGUCUUAAAAAUAAAAAAGUUUUAGUCUUUUCCCUGUUCUCUUCUUGAAUGUGCACAAA